GGAUCGCGAGGCUCCCUCCCCGCACCGGCCAGUGAGUACACAAAGCCGAGGGUGAGGGGAAGCUUCUCAGGCGUGCACGGAGCAGUGAGAUCACUGGCGUUAUAAAUAUCCCGGUGCCAGCGCGGAGAUCCGCUCGGGUGGCCUCUCUCUUACCCUCUCCCCUUCUCUUCCCCGAGGCUAUGUCCACCCGGUGCGGCGAGGCGGGCAGCGCCAGAGGCACGCAGCCGCACAGGGGCUACAGAGCCCAGAAUCAGCCCUACAAGAUGCGCUUAGGACCCCCGCGGCUGGAAGAAUGAGCUUGUCCUUCCUUCUCCUCUUCUUCAGCCACCUGAUCCUCAGCGCCUGGGCUCACGGGGAGAAGCGUCUCGCCCCCAAAGGGCAACCCGGACCCGCUGCCACUGAUAGGAACCCUAGAGGCUCCAGCAGCAGACAGAGCAGCAGUAGCGCUAUGUCUUCCUCUUCUGCCUCCUCCUCCCCCGCAGCUUCUCUGGGCAGCCAAGGAAGUGGCUUGGAGCAGAGCAGUUUCCAGUGGAGCCCCUCGGGGCGCCGGACCGGCAGCCUCUACUGCAGAGUGGGCAUCGGUUUCCAUCUGCAGAUCUACCCGGAUGGCAAAGUCAAUGGCUCCCACGAAGCCAAUAUGUUAAGUAUUUUGGAAAUAUUUGCUGUGUCUCAGGGGAUUGUAGGAAUACGAGGAGUUUUCAGCAACAAAUUUUUAGCGAUGUCAAAAAAAGGAAAACUCCAUGCAAGUGCCAAGUUCACAGAUGACUGCAAGUUCAGGGAGCGUUUUCAAGAAAACAGCUAUAAUACCUAUGCCUCAGCAAUACAUAGAACUGAAAAAACAGGGCGGGAGUGGUAUGUGGCUCUGAAUAAAAGAGGAAAAGCCAAAAGAGGGUGCAGCCCCCGGGUUAAACCCCAGCACAUCUCUACCCAUUUUCUGCCAAGAUUCAAGCAGUCGGAGCAGCCAGAACUUUCUUUCACGGUUACUGUUCCUGAAAAGAAAAAGCCACCUAGCCCUAUCAAGCCAAAGGUUCCCCUUUCUACACCUCGGAAAAAUACCAACUCAGUGAAAUACAGACUCAAGUUUCGCUUUGGAUAAUAUUCCUCUUGGCCUUGUGAGAAACCAUUCUUUCCCCUCAGGAGUUUCUAUAGGUGUCUUCAGAGUUCUGAAGAAAAAUUUCUGGACACAGCUUCAGCUAUACUUACACUGUAUUGAAGUCAGGUCAUUUGUUUCAGUGUGACUGAAACAAAAUGUUUUUUGAUAGGAAGGAAACUGGAAUUCUUUGUACUAAUACAGGGAGCACACUGCUUCAGUUCAGCAAGACAUAAAGCCUUUUGCUUUAUGCUUGAAGGAUAUUUAGAACUUUGUAUUUUCGGAAAGUUAAAUAACACGGACUCUGUAUUUUUCUGACUUUUACAGAUCAACCCGAAAGAACAUACAUGAUACAUUUUUAUUUUUGGUUUCCAAAGAAUAUUUUGAUGCAGAUAAAAUAUUUUGUUAACUUUUGUUUUUUUGUUUGUUUUCUUAAAAGUACUUCUGCAUUGAGCAUAUUUUCUUACUUUUAUUAUUUUAAUUAAUAAGACAUAAGCAAUCAUUUUAUGCUGUUUAUGAAUUAUAAAUGUGUUUAUAGCUCAUUUGUAAUGUGGAAAUCUUUUACAUUUUUCCUAUUCACUGCACUUUUUUAUUGUUUUUAUUUCUAGCCAUACCUCAGAUAAUAUGUUUAGUUUUACAUUUUAAAAUGUUUAAAUUCUCUUCCACAGCACCAAAGGCUCAGCUUGGAUUUGUUUGUAUGUGUAUGUAAAUUCAUGACAUUAUGUGGCGUCCUGCACCUUUGGUGGCUGGGAUAUGAUGGGUUAAAAGCAAGGAGAAAAUAUAAGGACUUUUUGAUGGAAUUAAAUGUGGGAGGUAAGGAAAAGGAUUUAGAGGUAAAAGUACACUAAGUUUGCAACAUUUAUUGAGAUCUAAGUCUGUCUUGCCUUCAUUUCUCUUUUUAUCUCCCCCUUGCCCUUGUUCUUGAACAGCUGGAGGAAUACAUUUUAUUCUGUCCGUGAAGCAUACACUAUGAAAUUGGAGUGCUUAAAAAUACUUCUGUGACUCUCUGCUAUCUCACUGUAUAGAUCCACAGGGAGCAAACACUUAGAGAGAAAUGAUAGAGAACUGAAGGAGAUCAAUGGUUUAACAGUUAUCCAUGCCAAGUCCCAUUGUCCGAAAUAUUCUUAUUACUCAGUCAAACACUCUUUGAGCUUCCCUUCCUAAAGGUAACCAUUCCAGUGAAUAGAUGUGCCCUUUUAUAAGGAAACUUCUGAUGUUUAUUUAAAAAACUGGCCUUUUGAUAGAGGUAACUUAAUUUGGGAAUUCGAUGUGUUGAAAAUGGCUUUUAAUUUCAACCUAAAUACUGACUGCUGGACAUAAAUCACAGAAAAUUUAACUUAAGAAAAUUUACAAAAUUUAUUCUCAGGUAAUCAUUUUAAUAAAGUUCUGCAAAAUACAAAUGUUUAUCUUACAUUCAGAAAUGUGGCAAAAAAGGUAUAGCCAAUGGUUAAACGUAUAGCUUUAGUAGUAACAAAAGAGUUCGUAGAAAUUUCAUGGUUUGCAUUUAAACAUGUUUAAAAUAUGCUUAUAAGCUAUUUAUUUCUUAAAGCAAACUACGACUUAUUUUGGUGCACAAAUACAAAGUGGAAACUUAUCAAAAUUGAACUAGCUACCAUAUAAGCAGAUUGCUUUAAUUUAAUGGGGAAACAGUACACACAUAUAUAUACAACAAAUAGUAUAUUAAAAAACCCAUCCAUCAACUAAAACAUUAUAUGUAUACAUUGGUAUAGUGUUUUAUUGUAAAGCCAAUUAUCUGAUUAAACAUUAUUUCCACUUAAUGCAUAAUUUUUAAAUAGCAUAAAAUGAAAUGCUACAAAAAAUUGAACUAAUUUAUACUUCAGCGUAUUUCUGGGUUAAAUGAAGAAAUGAAAUUUUUUAAUAUCUCCAACUCUCAUCCAAAUGGCAUAUCACCUUGUUUACACAGCAUAAAGCUAAAAAUAUUACUCUAGUUUAUUCUAAUCUGUUGUUUUUAGCAUAAAGCUAAAAAUAUUACUCUAGUUUAUUCUAAUCUGUUGUUAAGUAUUGUGCACUAUAUACCAAGUUCUUAGGGCACAUGAAAAAUUUUAGUUGCCAAACAAAACUAGUAAACAUAUGUUCCUAAUUAGUGAAGGGAAAGAUAAUAAUGAUGGUCAACAACAAGUCAUGUUAAUGCAUAAGUUGUAUAGGCUAAAUGUUGCUUGUAGGCUACAUUAAACUCAAAUGUAAUAGUUUAUCUUAUACUCCUGGUUUGAUUUGAUUAGCAUAUGAACGUGAAAGUAGGAUAGCUACUAAAUAUAUAUUAUGCAAGUCAGAAAUCAUUAAUUUCAAAAUUUAAAGCCAUGAUAAAUUAAAAAGAAAAUGUUAAAUUACACAAUUACACUUCUCUUCACUGGCCAUACACAAUGAUUUUUUUUUUUUUUUUUUAGACAGAAUCUUACUCUGUCACCAGGCUGGAGUGCAGUGGCAUGAUCUUGGCUCACUGCAACCUCCAACUCCCUGGUUCAAGCGAUUCUCCUCCCUCAGCCUCCCAAGUAGCUGGGAUUACAGGCACGUGCCACCACGCCAGCUAAUUUUUGUAGUUUUAGUAGAGAUGGGGUUUCACCAUGUUGGUCAGGAUGGUCUCGAUCCUGGCCUCUUGAUAGUCCUGACCUCAAGAUCCGCCCCCCUCGGCCUCCCCAAAGUGCUGGGAUUACAGGGACAAUGAUGUUUUAUUAAUGCUUAGUGAAGCAUAAAGUUACCUACAUCAAUUAAUUAAAUGAACUUAUGUACAGAAAACAUGUAUAAAUAUAAGUCUAUACUAAUGCUUACAACUUUCUAAGAGGGUUCUUGCUUAGGUAGCUUUUUAUUGUUUUAAUUAACUAGAACCACCAAAUACCAAAUAAAAUUAUUUGAUUAUGGUUAUGUUCAUCUAAAAACAACAAUAACUUUUAUAUUAAUAUUUAGGAGUCUAUUUUGCCUAUAGGUGACAAACAUCUCCAGACUAACAUGUCGGUUUUAUCAAUUAUAUUAUGUUUAAUUAUUUAAGAUUUCUUUAUAUGGAACAUAUAUAGAGAUAAAUAGAAGCUUUCAAUAAGAUAUAGUAACACUGUGAUUUUUCUUUCAUAGUCUCUCUUCACUUCCUUCUAAAGAGACUAAGUUGAGAGUACAGGUGUAUAUUAAUUUUCUUGGUUCUUUCAGCUGAAUUAUGUCUGUCCAGAAGUUCAAAAUCAUGUGACAAUAAUAAGGGAUACUGACAGAAGUUAUUUCCAAGUUUGUGUAUAUAUUAUAAAAAUUACAUAUAUAAAACUAAGACUUUUAUUUCUGUUAUUUUUAAGCUUUUAUUUCUUGUAGCUAAAAAUAAAACAUCGUAAAUCUGGUAGGUAAAUUUCUUAUUAAAUCGAUUUUGAAAUAGAAAAUGUAAUAAUUUUCUUACCAUUAACAUUUUUUUACCCUUCCAUAGAAGGGAGGGAAUAAAUCAUGACGUAUCCCAUUUUCAAUAACAAAACGAAACUAUGGCACUAACCAAAAACUUGCAUUCUGGCAUAAUUUUUACAGUUGCAGAGAAUUGUUUCUGGGCUCAUUAAAAAAAAAGUAGUAUUGCAGACAUUGCUGCAAUGGGAAGCAAACAAUAACUUCUUAAAGGAAUUCUACACCUCCUUUAAGAUUUACUUAAUUGCUACAUCUAAAUUCUGAUAAUUUAAAAUCUAUUUUAGGUGAUAAAAUUUUUUAAAAGUUUUGAAGGAAACCUCUGGAUAAAUGGACAAGGCCUAUUUUUUUUUGUAGUCAAUCUAACUGUACUGGCCAAUUUUUGAAAUAAGAUUAUAUGAUUAGGUAUUAGCAGAGACAAAGAGUUACCUCCUCCAUCUUACUCUGCCCUAUUUGAAAGUCUCAGGGGAGAGAAGGGAACAAGAUGCCGAUCCAACCUGAGUGGAGUCAGGUAAGGCAUCUUUACAUCUAAGAAUUUUUUUUUAAAUUUUAUUAUUAUUAUACUUCAAGUUCUAGGGUACAUGUGCACAACACACAGGUCUGUCACACAUGCACACAUGUACCAUGUUGGUGUGCUGCACCCAUAAACCCGUCAUCCAGCAUUAGGUAUAUCUCCUAAUGCUAUCCCUCCCCCCUCCCCCCACCCCACAACAGUCCUCGGUGUGUGAUGUUCCCCUUCCUGUGCCCCUGUGUUCUCAUUGUUCAAUUCCCACCUAUGAGUGAGAACAUGCGGUGUUUGGUUUUUUGUCCUUGAGAUAGUUUGCUGAGAAUGAUGGUUUCCAGUUUCAUCCAUGUCCCUACAAAGGACAUGAACUCAUCGUUUUUUAUGGCUGCAUAGUAUUCCAUGGUGUAUAUGUGCCACAUUUUCUUAAUCCAGUCUAUUGUUGUUGGACAUUUGGGUUGGUUCCAAGUCUUUGCUAUUGUGAAUAGUGCCGCAAUAAACAUAUGUCUGCAUGUGUCUUUAUAGCAGCAUGAUUUAUAAUCCUUUGGGUAUAUACCCAGUAAUGGGAUGGCUGAGUCAAAUGGUAUUUCUAGUUCUAGAUCCCUGAGGAAUUGCCACACUGUCUUCCACAAUGGUUGAACUAGUUUACAGUCCCACCAACAGUGUAAAAGUGUUCCUAUUUCUCCACAUCCUCUCCAGCAUGUGUUGUUUCCUGACUUUUGAAUGAUGGCCAUUCUAACUGGUGUGAGAUGGUAUCUCAUUGUGGUUUUGAUUUGCAUUUCUUUGAUGGCCAGUGAUGAUGAGCAUUUUUUCAUGUGUCUGCUGCCAGCAGGGCUGCAUAAAUGUCUUCUUUUGAUAAGUGUCUGUUCAUAUCCUUUGCCCACUUUUUGAUGUGGUUGUUUGUUUUUUCUUGUAAAUUUGAGUUCUUUGUAGAUCCUGGAUAUUAGUCCUUUGUCAGAUGGGUAGAUUGCAAAAAUUUUCUCCCAUUCUGUAGGUUGCCUGUUCACUCUGAUGGUAGUUUCUUUUGCUGUGCAGAAGCUCUUGAGUUUAAUUAGAUCCCAUUUGUCAAUUUUGGCUUUUGUUGCCAUUGCUUUUGGUGUUUUAGACAUGAAGUCCUUGCCCAUGCCUAUGUCCUGAAUGGUAUUGCCUAGGUUUUCUUCUAGGGUUUUUAUGGUUUUAGGUCUAACAUUUAAAUCUUUAAUCCAUCUUGAAUUAAUUUUUGUAUAAGGUGUAAGGAAGGGAUCCAGUUUCAGCUUUCUACACAUGGCUAGCCAGUUUUCCCAGCACCACUUAUUAAAUAGGGAAUCCUUUCCCCAUUUCUUGUUUUUGUCAGGUUUGUCAAAGAUCAGAUAGUUGUAAAUAUGCGGCAUUAUUUCUGAGGGCUCUGUUCUGUUCCAUUGGUCUGUAUCUCUGUUUUGGUACCAGUACCAUGCUGUUUUGGUUACUGUAGCCUUGUAGUAUAGUUUGAAGUCAGGUAGCGUGAUGUCUCCAGCUUUGUUCUUUCGGCUUAGGAUUGACUUGGCAAUGCAGGCUCUUUUUUGGUUCCAUAUGAACUUUAAAGUAGUUUUUUCCAAUUCUGUGAAGAAAGUCAUUGUAGACAUCUAAGAAUUUUUAUGACAUUGAAUCAGUCAACUGGCCUACACAUCAUCAAUCAGUGUUUCAGCAAUUUUAUGCAAUAAAAAUAAUAUUAGAUUAUAAACCAAGAACUCUCAUUUAUGUUUUAGUUUAUUAAAUUGUUUUUGUCUUUAUUUAGACAUAAAUAUCACAAGUCACUCUCUAGCACCUGUUUUGCCCUUCACCAUUUGAUCUCUAACAUGAUUUCUAGAUUUAUUACCAGUGAUUGUAGGAUCCUUACAAUGUCGAAAGUUCUAUGAGAUUUAUGAAAAAGGGACAUGGUUCCUUCUCUAAUGAAACUAAAUUUAUGUCCAGAUAAAACUGGACAACCACAUGAAAAAAAAAUGCUGUCAAUGAAGUUAUAAACAUAGAUCUUUUCAAAUGAUCUUUUCUUAGUUUAAAAAAUAUCCACUGAGUUAGUGUAUGAGAUUUGAUCAAGACAUUUACAAAGCUGGGAUAGAUUUUGGGCUUAGCAUUUUAUGAAGGAUGUAAAAAAUUUGAAUUAACCUGGAGGGAAAAUGGUCAGAGUGGUAUCAUUUUUGAUAAUAAAUAGCCCUACUUAAUUAAACAUGCAAUUUUAAAAACAGCUUUUUUGUGAUUAAAGUUCCCCAUUCUCCAUGAAGCCUUCUAGAAAUUCUUGAAGAAAUAUGAGUAAUUUCUUCUUGACAUCACACCUCCAAAUAAGGAUAGCUCAGGACACAAUUUUCUGUCACCAUUCCCUUACUUUCCCCAAAAUUCAGGAAGUGUUUUCUGAGAUCCCUCCUUGCACAAGGCACUCAGCUAGCAAGACAUUCUUGGACUUGCUCAGUGCUUGUUUAGUAGUUCUUUGUGGAUAUUUGCAUCAGUGUACUCUCACAUGUUGAACUUCUGGAGAAAAUAUAUCUGCCCUCAUUGCACAUUUCCCACCCUAAAAUCAGGCUAGUAAAAUAACUUAAUAAAUGCUCUCAGCAAAAAGCAGAUUUGAAUGAUGUGUUCCUCUGGCUUAAACACUUUGUAGAGGCUAUUGGAUAUUCUAGUUAUUCACAAAACUUAGUGUAUAAUUAUAAUUAUAGGUUCCUGGCUGAUGUUAGUUGCUCAGAAGUGCUUUUAGGAUGUAUACAGGUGCUAAAUAAGAUUUAUUGGACAAAAAUGAUGACAAGUAAGAGAAUUUCAUGUUAAAUAUGAAAUGUUUCCUACAAUAAGAGUAAGAACAUCCACUGCCCCUCCUACUGUACUUGAAGUUCUCAAACAUAAAUUUUUAGACCAAACUAAAAAUAUUAGGCACUUGCAGCCGCAUUUAAGUAUCAAUACAUGUCAUCAUAUGCCACUUCAAUUUCACUAGCAAUCAUAAAAAUAGGUUACUAUGCAAAUCCCAGUGCUUUUGCUAUUUGUAGGCCAAACAAGCAGUCUAGUAGGAUGCCAGUAGGUAUCAGUGGGAGAGUAAAGACAUUUCUUUUUGGUAAUUUAUUUCUAGAUGUGUUUGUCCCUUUCCCUAGAUAAACUCUCUCAGAGAAGACUGACAUUUUUCUGUACCCUACAGAGAGAUUAGUGAAUGCAUAAUCACACAGUGACAGGUCCAGCUCCAAUGUGUUUCUCAUUAAAUUCUCUGUCAUUCCCUCUGCGGGAAACUGGACAAUUUAUCAGAUUUUCGUACAGGGAGGUGAAUUUCUGCUGAGGAGGCAACACCAAUGUCUUUUACUUUCCUGAGUGCAAUUAUGGCUGAGCUUCCCCGACAGUACUCCAUUUUAUGAUAGGGUUGUCAUUGUAGGAUGUGUGCAUUCUAUAACUUGUUUCUAUACUCUGACACUGGUUAUAUAUUUACACUUUUAAAAGUUAGCUAGUUGCCCUACAUUCGCCUUAACACAGAAUGUCUGAGAUUAAGCAUACCUGUAUACUAAAAUAUUAAUUGUACAAGGAGAAUAUGCAAAGAUUUCUCUAACAGUCACCGUCUUAAUGGAGUAUGUGAGAGAAUGAGUUUCAAUUCUGGAAACAGAAAGUAGUGUAAAAGCUUAUGUUCUCAGUCAAUUCUUGUUUUUUAUUUCGCAUUUCAAAGGAGAGAAAAAAAUGUUUUCUGUUUAAGUAAUGAAAGAAUAACAGUUACGGCAAUAACUACCAUAAAUUUUAUCUGAGAUCUGGAGUUCCUGUAAGUUAUGAUUAGAAGGAAAAGUCAUGCCCAUUUAUUUAUGUUGCCACAUUAGUUGUAUCACUGUGUAAAACAACAGAUCAGCUCUGACAGAGAGUUUGUUUUCACUUUAGAUAUCAUAUUGCCUAAGAUUCUUAGCCUUUGCCAUUUAGUGAGCAAGCGAACAAAUGAGAAAAAUACACACGCAUCCCACCUUGCUGGUGCAGAGCACAAACCACAAGAUUUCUCUACUAGUCAAGGGAGUUUAAUGUUUAAUGACACGAAAUCAACUCAGUCUACUAAACUCCAAGGUCCAAAGGAGCCAAGCAAACUAAAAGAAUAAUGAUUUCUUGAUUGCUAAUAAUUUAUGGCAGAAACGACUAAUAAGUUUCUAAUAAAAGCAUUCAGUGUUCAUUUAACCCCUUAUACCUGGUAUUAUGCUGGGGUUCUGGGAAUAGAAUUAAACACAUUGGUUUGAGGGAAAUUUACUUUCUUGCUGAUAAUAUUAGGGAAGUGAACUAUAGCUUUAGAAUAUGAUAUCCAGUUCUUGGUAGGUUAAAAAUGACACUUAUUCUUGCCAAAGGAAUUUAGUAUGUUGGGUCACUGUUUACCAGAAUAGACCCAAAACCUUAAACUGUAGUUUACAUUACACAUUUUAGAAGUAACUCGCAAGUUUCUUUGAUGCUCCCUUUGGGAAUUUAUAGCAUUUUUUGUUGAAUAUUAACCUACAGGAUGUUAUCAAAGAUGCAAGAUGUUUCUAUGCUUAUUUUAAAAUAAUUAGGGAUCGAAUAGAACAUAAGAAAAUUGUGUGUAGGCUUUUCUAAUUCAUCUGCUAUAACAAACAUUUACCAUACAGCUGGGAUUGGAAAAGCAAUACGAUCUGAUUCCAGGAUUGCUCAGAAAUUGGAAAAAAAGCUGACCUGUGCUUCCCAAAUUUAUUUCCCAAGACAAAGAUGUCUAUUAGCACAGAAACAAUUGCAUGAAUUAAAAAAUCAAGAUGUAUUAUUAAAUAUGGUCCUGAGUAUUGCUUAACAUUUCAGUUCUUUUUCUACCUGUUUGCUGGAAGCAAGAACAUUGUUAACAAUUUAGCACCUUUUUUAUUAAACACCACCUCCCACUGUUGGUCUUAAAUAAAGGAUUAUAUAUAUAUCA